CAGAACUUGGGGAGGAUCACCCUGUAACCUCUGCUCUGUUAAACAAUGAGAUAAAUGUUGUGUCAUUACAUCAGCAUUUAUGAGUUAAAGGGAGUUGGACUGUUGUGUAAUGAGCACAUGUACUUUUCUUUACGACUCACUGGGCGGGGGGAGCUGAGGAACGGACCAAGUGGAAACAAACAUGAGCAGAGUUAGAAGACCCUUGAAGAACACUCUGCAGUUCACACCUGUUAGCAAGCUAUACAGAGACAUAUACCUUGGAGGCCUCAUCUUUUAGUCCGUGGAUGUUGGAAGCAGGGAGCCAGUGAAUCCUACAUACCAGUGCACCAGGGGUGAGCAUGAAGAGAUUGAACCGUAUCAGCUCCAGCGGCAUUGAUAACCCCGGCCUGGAGCUCAGCAGUGCAGCGCUCGGUCCGGUCAGCGGUUCCUCCGUCCCUGUAAGGUCAGCCUCAGUGGUGCAGUCUGUUAGCCAGUGGGCAGCUUACGCUCAGGGCCACUGGAAACGGGCUGCCCAAAAAUGUGUGAGGAAGAAACCCUCAGACGAACCUGUAGGGAGCAAGUACAAGGGUCUUGCCGGGGAUGAAGAUGCUGUAGAUGGAGGUGAUAAAGAGCAAAAUCUAAAUAAGCGCCUGUUGGAUCACUUCAGAGUUCUGGCUGCCAGCAACAAGGACUCAGAUGAGGUGGACCUGCAGUACCUGAACAGUAUCCUCACAGAGGGAGCUGACCCCAACUCCACAGACAAAUAUGGACAGACUGCCCUGCAUGAGAUCUCUCGGGCCUGGAAUGUAGAUGUGAUGCGAUUCUUCCUGGAGCGAGGAGCAGAUAUCCUGAGGGCUGAUGCGUUUGGGGUCACAGCCCUGCAUGUGGCCGCGGCCUUGGACUAUGAAGAUAUGAUUUGUUUUCUUCUAGAAAGAGGAGCUGACAUUGAGGCACGAACUCGCAAAGACCUGCAAACACCUCUACACUUUGCUGCUAAGAAUGAUGCCAUUGGAGCAAUUCAGAUUCUGUUGCAGAACGGAGCAGACAUUGCUGCACAUGACUACAAACAGAGGACUCCUCUACAACUAGCUGCCAAUCUGGAUCGCAGUGAAGCUGCACGCACGCUGUUGGAGUUGGGGGCGGAUGCUGGUGUACGGGAUGCUGAUGGACAGCUGUGCAUUACAGCCAUGAUUGGCAAGAUGACAUCAGUGGCCAAUCUGGCACUGAAUCAGUUCUGUGUGAAAGACCGAAUGACCCGGCAGCAGUUCUUCUACCUUCAGCUGCUGGAGCCAGAUCCCACACGCAAGACCGACUCAAAAGGGAGAGUCUGCAGAGAGCCGACAUCCCCGCUGGAGUUCAUCGUCCAUCAAGGAAAGCUGGAUCUCAUUAUGCAUCCUGUAGUUCUGAAGCUUAUCAUGGUCAAAUGGAACCUGUAUGCCAGACUGGGUGCCUGGAUUCUCCUGUUACUCAACUUUUUAUUUAUUGUUUCCUGGACAAUAGUGGCCAUAUCUGUCUCUGUAUCGCGAGAGGAGGGUGAGCGCUAUGUUUUUCCUCAGGACUGGUGGCGUGUGUUUGUGGUGGUGUUGGCGUUAGGGCUGACUGUGUUAGAGGUGUACAGAGAGGUGAUGGAGAUGCUGCACUCUGGCAGAAAGCUGCAGGACUGGCAGCAGUGGAGUGAACAGAGACUCAGAGAAGACCUGGCCCGAACGCACCCCAUGUGGCCUGAGGAACGUCAUUACUUAGAGGGGCAAAUCAAGUUCAUCUACAAUUUGAAGGGGAGCUACUCACAAGACCCUUGGAAUAUAUUUGAUUGGCUUGUGUAUAUAUUGCUGAUAUCAGUUUUGGGGGUCCACUUGGCCGACAUCUACCUGGUGUCCCGCACGCUCCGAACGUACAGCCUCCGCAUCUUCGCUGUGGCCAUCAUCUUCCUCUGGCUGAGGCUGAUGAAGCAUGUUCGAGCCUUUAGGGUUAUGGGUCCCUUUAUUGUCAUGCUGGGGAAGAUUGUGAGUGCUGUGCUGCGCUUCCUCUUCUUGUAUGCUGAGAUCUACAUCCCAUACGCCUGUGCUUUCUGGAUUAUAUUUGGAGGCUUAGCUGAUGUUCCCAGUAUGCGGACAGUGCCUCAGCUGCUCUACAGUCUGUACCGGAUGACCCUGGUGGAUGAAUAUGAGUUUGAUGCCAUGGUGGCUGUGGACUCCAUCAUGGCUCACUUGCUCUGCGGGACAUUCCUGGCCCUGUCUGCUGUUCUGUGUGUCAACCUGAUGAUUGCCCUGCUGUCUCACACUUUCCAGAGAGUGUAUGACAACGCACUGGCCAAUGCAGUGAUGCAACAGGCGUCCAUCAUCCUGCAGGUAGAGGAGUCCAUGCCUCAUCUGCGUCGCUUCUACGACAACCAGUUCAUCCACCGCUACUGUGCCCCUCUUGAAGAAUUUUACGAUGAUAACAUUGCAACUGAUCCAGAUCAGCAUGAAGAGACGAAGAAGCUCACAGCACAGAUCAAGGAUACUCUGGAUGAAUAUUUGGACAUACAAAAACAGACAAAACCACCCAGACCAGCUCCUGCAGAUGACAGUAAGAUAAGUCCCAGUGAGGUUCCUCUUGACAGCUACUCAUCCUUUCAGGCCCAUAGUGCUGAGUCGUCUUCUCACAGUGGAAGGAUGGACAGAAACACCUGUGGAUUUUUUCAGAUCUGAAAGAAGAGUGGAGCUUGAUUUUCUCCUCUCUCUCAAAGAUGAAAGCUUUAAGUGCUGUGUGUGCUCUGAUGGUGACAGUUUUGGUGUCUACAGGGUCUCGCACCGUUGUUAGGAGCCCCAUUUUCUCUCUAGCUUUAAAUCAUUUUUCAAAACUCCAGUUUUGGAAACUCUUAGUUUUUCUCUUAUUUUUAUUUGCCUUCCCUCUUCCCUGUACAAGUAAAUUAUUUUGUACCUAAUCUCCUCAGCAAUAUCUCUUUAAAAAAAUAUUAUCUUGUACUUAAUGGCCAUUAAAUGCAUGACGAGAUGGUCUCAGACAUUUGCACAGUACUGUAUUUCUCCAUCAUGCAUAAUUUGACCAGUGACCUUCCAGAAAAGAAUGUGUAAAAGCUUAUGAACCCAUUCUUUAUAGACGGAAAAGCUCCACAUCUCCAGUGCAAAGAGAAGAUCUUGCCACUCUGAGAAAACUUGAAAACAACCAACAGCAACAGUGUCAGGAUCUGCGAGACUUACGAGAAGAUGUAAAGAAACUGCAGGCACUGCUGC